AUGGCCACUGAUUACCCGGAGAGCAGCAACGCAAUGGACUUUGUCAACACAGUGCUGGACAUUGGAGGAGAUGAAGACUACCCUGAACCUAUGCUCAUGGACAUGCCUGAGAUGCGUUACAAGUCUAAGAACCUUGAAGCCGAAAGGCGGAGGAGAAGCAAGCUCAACAGCAAGCUCUUUUCUCUCAGAUCUCUUGUCCCUAACAUCACAAAGAUGAGCAAGGAGUCCACACUCACAGAUGCAAUAGACUACAUCAAGCAACUUCAAAAGGAGGUGCUGGAGCUGCAAACAGAGCUGUUAUCCAUGCCAGAUGAGGAAGUAGAGAAGCAAGGGAGUGCAUCAAGCAUUAACACCAUGACUCCACCAGAUGCCAUUCAUUGCCAGGGGAAGGUUGAGGUGAGUUCUAUGGACCAUAAUAAAUUCCUUUUGAAGAUAACCUGUGAGAACAAGCGUGGGGGAUUCAGUAAGUUGGUGGAAGUCAUAAACACUAUGGGAUUUGAAGUGACUAAUGUCAGUUCUGUGGCUUUCUCUUAUGUUUCUCAGAGUGUUUUCUUCAUUGAGGCUAAGGAUGGAGUUCUUGUCCCAAUGCAUGAGUUGAAGGAGUUCCUCUCUGCUUUUGUUGGAGUCUCAGAGGACACUACAAUUAGGAACUGA